CUUCUGUCACAAACUGAGCACAACGUAUACCAAAUUACCAAUGCUUAAUUAAAUCAUCGAUCGACGGUGAUCGAAGAUCGAUCGAUAUGUCUGGAAAGGCGUGCUGCCCGGUCCCGCUGGUGAUGCUGCUGCUGGCCUUGCUCUCCUGCGUCUUCCUCGCUCACGCGGCCGGCGCCAGCCGCAGGAUGCUGCUGCCAAGGGACGGUGCGGACGCCGUCGUUCUCGCGGGAGAAGCACCGCUGCUGGGCGGCGACGAGGAGGAGAUGAUGAUGGUGGCGAGGAGGGUGGACCUGCAGACGGAGGACUACCCGGGGUCAGGGGCCAACGGCCGUCACGAUCCCAGGAACCCGCAUUAAGAUUCGUGUCAGAUGAUCCGUCAUCGUCCACACGCUUGAAGUGACUCAAAUUUAUCUAAAUAUUAAAUUGUAUAUAUAUUAAAAUACGUCUUCAUACAUGCUGUAUUUGGGCACUUAAUAUGGGACGAUGGAGUAUAUAGAAAGUGAACUUAAUUCAAUUUGUAAACUGGCAAAGCAGAUGCAUCUUUGGUUAACGAUGGCCAGUAAAUCUAACUAGUCGUCGUCUGUCCCUGCGAAACAAAAAGUCGUCCUUGUAUAGCUGGGGAAUAAUCAGAAGCAUGUCUCGCAUCUGCCAUCGAUCGAUCGCCUGGUGAGUAUCAUAUCAAAUGAGUAAAGUCAAAACAGUUGUAAUUUUAAUUUUCUGCUUUAA